ACAGUCCAUUUACGAGCUCAUAAUAGACGCCUUCUUUUAACAAAAUAAUCAUGUCCAAGUUCAAAAAUAUAUAUUUAAUCAAACGGUUUACAUCAACUCUAUGCUCGACAAAAUCAAUUUCAACCAUCCAUUUCAAAAUAAAUAAUUUAGUUUCAAAAGGAUUUUACCACCAAACUCUCCAAUUUUACAAAGAAGAACUCCAUUGCUCUCAUCUCCAUGCAGCAAACGCAUAUAUUUUCCCUACACUCAUCAAAGCAUGUUCUUCGUCUUCCAAUCAUCAUCACUUCGGCAUUCAACUCCACGGAAUUAUUCUUAAAUCAGGCCUCGAAUCUGAUCCUGUCAUAUCCAAUUCCUUAAUUUCAUUCUACGCAAAAUCAUCUCACACUGAGUUUGCACUCGAAGUGUUCGAUACAAUGCCUGUUAGAGACACAAUCUCAUGGAAUUCGAUCAUAAAUUGCUGUUUACAAAAUGGGUAUUUUUUCAAAGGGUUUAUAAUGUUUAAGGAAAUGUAUAACUGUGGGUUAGUACCUAAAUCUGAGCUGGUUGCGAGUGUUGUGUCAGUUUGUGCUGAGUUAGGGCACAUGAAACUUGGACGAGCAAUUCAUGGUCUUAUUAUUGUUGGUGACGGGACUAAAGAUGAUGUGUUUGUGUUGACUUCUUUAGUUGAUUGGUAUUUUAAGUCUGGUGAUCCGGUUACGGCUUUUUGCGUGUUUGAUCAAAUAGAAGUGAGAAAUGAAGUUUCUUGGACUGCGUUUAUUUCCGGGUGCAUUGCGAAUUUGGAUUAUAAUAUGGCGGUUGAUUGUUUUCGGGACAUGCAGAUUAAUGGAGUUAGGCCUAAUAGGGUAACUAUGAUUGCCAUUUUGCCAGCAUUUGCUGAGUUAGGUUAUGUUAUGAAUGGAAGAGAAAUUCAUGCGUAUGCAUUUCGGAAUGGGUUUGAUUCAGAUCGUUGUUUUUCAUCUUCGCUUAUACACAUGUAUUGCAGAAGUGGAGAGGGAUUUCAUCUGGCUAAGGUUGUUUUUGAAAGAUCUGAAGUUAAAGAUGUUGUGAUGUGGAGUUCGAUUAUUGGGAGCUAUUCUCGAAGUAAAGAUAGUGUCGAAGCUUUGAAUCUAUGUAGGCAAAUGAGAGAAGAAGGAAUUGAACCAAAUUAUGUGACUUUGUUGGCUGUAAUUACUGCUUGUACAACUUUAACUUCACUUAGGAAUGGAUAUGGAAUUCAUGGCUACAUUGUGAAAUGUGGCUUGAAUGUUGAUGUUUUCGUCGAGAAUGCACUUAUGCAUAUGUAUUCAAAGUGUGGAUGUCUUGUAGCAUCACAUCAAAUUUUCGAAGAAAUGCAUAUUAAAGAUUCUGUGUCAUGGAGCACAUUGAUCACCGGCUAUGGUAUACACGGUUAUGGCGAAGAGGCUCUGUGUAUUUUUCGUGAGAUGCAAGAAAAAGGUGUGGAAAUAGAUGCAGUCACAUUCCUUGCUGUUUUAUCAGCUUGCAAUCAUUCUGGCCUUGUUCAAGAGGGACAACAGAUCUUUGAUAAUGUCAAGAAAGAUGGAAAAUUUCCACUAACCAUCGAGCAUUACGCUUGUCUUGUCGAUCUUCUUGGAAAAUCAGGGAACAUAGAUGAUGCUUUUAGAAUUACGGAAACAAUGCCUAUGAAACCUAGCACAAGAAUAUGGAGCUCUUUGGUGUCAGCUUGUAAAGCUCAUGGCCAAUUAGAAGCUGCAGAAAUGCUAGCACAAUGGCUUAUAACUUUGGAGCCUUCCAAUGCUGCCAACCACACUUCACUGAGCAUGAUCUUUGCUGAAUCAGGUAACUGGUCUGGUAUAGAGGAGGUAAAAAGACUCAUGAGAGCACAAGGACUAAACAAAUGCUAUGGAUUUAGCCAGAUUUCUGUAAGAAACUAGAAUCUCUUGCUUUGUAAGUGUCAAACAUGACCUUGUUAGUGCCAUAUCAAGGCAGCAAGAUUGACGGGUGCAUAUUUUAGCAGAGUCAUAGGUAGUCAAAACUGGAUCCAAUUUUUUUUAUAUGUAAUUCAAUGUCCGGUUGAGGUGUAAAUUUUUACGAUUAAAAUUCUCUCAAGUUUACUUGAACAUACAUCUACGUCAUUUAUUUGUGAGAAGUAUAGUUUAAACCUUGUAAGAGGAAAUGAUUCUAUGACCUUAGAAAUGUGAUCAGUGUGCAAACCGUUUGAGUUCUAUCUUAUUGGUAUUCAAGUUCAGUCCAAGUUCGGUCAAUAUUUAGUUUCCGUUAUCUAAAUUCUGUUUAUGAAUGGCCAAACCCAUACUAAGGCCCCUGUACUAUACGAGUUUUGUUUAGGAAGCCCUUAUCUCAAAAAAGUUAUCUCUCUGGUACCUCUACUGCCAUUUUUGCGAUUUUGAUGCCCUUAUCUGGACGGAAUGGAGAGAGUAUAUCUCACUUGCCGUUAGUGAGAGUGUAAAAAAUAAUUGUCUUGACAUUUUAACUUUUUGAUCCCUAUAAUUAAUGCACAAAAUACAUAUAAAAUAUAUGGAUCUUUAACUAAAUUUUACCAUCAUCUUCCUCAAUACCUCUUGAUCUGAAUCAUCAACUUUUCAAAUUUGCAGUACAUAUUUAAAAUUGAUUUCUUAAUAAACCCAUUAUCAAGAAAUCCACAUCUCCCACAUACACAUACAUAUUCCCACCAAUUUUAUAUUGCAUGACCUGUACCUUUCUCUUGCCGUGCAUCAAAUAAUCUUUUAGCCAAAAUAUGAUUGACGCAAAAUAAUCCGACGACAACCUGAAUAUGUAUAUCAUUCAAUAAAAAGCUUAUUAAGAAAUACAUAGAGAACUACACAAUAAUAAGCAAUCUCGUAAAGUUUUAGGAAACAAACCCAACUGAGUAUUGGAGUAAUUGACACAAUAAAGUACCAACCCAGUAAAUUAAUGUAAUUAAUAGUUAUCAACCGCAGCCGGAAGACGGUGCUCGGGAGACAAAAAUGGAGUUAGCAGAGCGAGCAAGGCUGGUGUAAAUAUGGUAAAACAUAAACCAAUCCGCUUGGCUAAUGCAAAAACCGCCACCAUGAAAAUGGAGAAUUAUCGUAGCUUAACUCGAUCUUGUUUUGCUGUCUCAAAUAGGUAGAUUCUAAUUCCAAGGGCAGAUUUUGGAUCCGAUUAAAAUCCACCCAUGAAUUUCCUUCCAAUUCUUAUCUCACAAGAACUGGAGCAAUAUUAAAACACUAGAUAAGGUAAACUGAUUAGGAGAAAAACCCUCCCUUCGCAGCCUUCUCCAUUUUAAAGUUGCCAUUGUGAGCAAAGCCAAAAAUUAGAGUAUUUCAAGUGCGAACGUCUCUAUGGAGAAUUUUAUCGAACAUCUAGUGGGCACCAUACGUAUUUUGGGAAUUCUAAACAUAACGAUUGAAAAGAGGAUCACUGACACCAAAUUUUUUAAAAGAUCCGGUCCUAAUAAGAUUGGAGUGUAGUAAAUUCGAAUUUGUGGCAUAUCAGAGAAACCUGAGGAUGGAGAUUGAAGAUACAUGUGUAAAUGUUGAUAAUGGCGGUGAAGGUCAUAAUUAAAGGUGUUUAUGAUAUAUGUGAUUAUGGAAGUGAAGAGAGUGAAUGGGUUGUUUUAUUGUGAAAAAAUUUGCUGCUUAACAAGUCCAUCGCAUUUUACCGGUAUACAUGGCAUUGAACUGGUUUCCGGCCACACUUCUGCCGUUAGCGAACUCCUCCGGCCAAACACCGCGAAUAUGGACAUGACGAGAAGGAAGCUGUAAAGGCUGUUUGUCUAGCGUUCGACUUCGAGCGAUGAUUGAGUUUAAGAGUUUUGAUUUUGAUUUUGAAGUUGUUGAUAGCAGAAGGAAGAAGAUGAUGGAAAAAUUAUCCAUUUUGUCAUCAAAUUUAUUUUGUAUUACAAUACUUUUGUUUACUUAUGAUUUUAUAUGAAAUAAGUCCUCAAAAUU